AUGAUGAGAACUUUCGUAACGUUUCUCCUCGUCCUGGGGAUCUGCCGGGUGUGUUCCUCGUUCGAAAAUAUCAACGACGACGAAGUGAAAUUGAAAAAUAUCCUGCCGUCCGGCGUAGUGAUACCGAUCGCAUACAAAUUACACCUCAAACCUGAUUUGGUGAAAUUUACAUUUGACGGUGAAACGGAGAUCACAUUAAUAGCGUUGAUCACGGACGUUGCCUUGACGCUGAACUCAAAAUUCUUAACAGUCCACGAUUUAAAGUUUGUGGAUUUGAAUACAACAAAUACUUUGGAGAGUAAGUAUAUAGAGGACGAAGAGCAGGAGACCCUGAACGUCACAAUAAAACCCCACUUUGAAAAGGAUCAUCACUACUCGCUCCAGAUAAAAUACGCUGCAAUUUUGCGCAACGAUGGCAAAGGAUUUUAUAUGAGCAUGAUGCGAACGAACGGAAGCACCGGAUACGUUGUAACGACUAAUUUCGAGCCGACGGGCGCUCGACUAGCGUUCCCAUGUUGGGAUGAACCCGCCUACAAGGCGAAGUUCACCAUUAGCUUGACACACAAUAAGACCUUGCAGGCACUCUCUAAUACGGAAGUACUAAAAAAAGAAGAAGAAAAUGGCAUGAUAACUACAACGUUCAAACAGACACCAUUGAUGUCUACUUAUUUGGUAGCAUUCGUGUUAAGCGAUUAUCAAUUUAAGGAAGAUAAAGUCGGCAACUUCACCUAUAGAGUGUGGACGAAGGCGAGCGCGAUAAAUCAGACUGACUUCGUUUUGAAAAUGGGAAGAAAGUUUCUAGAACUGCUGAAUUCGUACACGAAUAUUUCGUACCAGACAUACAUGCCAGACAAAAUAGAUCAAGUCUCGAUAAAUGAUUUGCGUCCCAACGCUAUAGAGAAUUGGGGCCUCGUGAUUUACAGAGAAAAUUAUUUUCUUUACGACGAGGCUUCAUACACAACCCGCUCGAAGAUAAACGUACUCAUGACUAUCGCUCAUGAGAUCUCUCAUCAAUGGUUCGGUAAUCUCAUCAGCCCGAAAUGGUGGAAGUAUAUUUGGCUGAACGAGGGAUUCGGCAACUAUUUCCAGUACUUCAUGUCUCACAAAAUAGUACCUGAAUUGCGAUUGGGUGAUAUGUUUGUUGUGGAGAGCAUGCAAGAGACCGCGAUGGACAUUGAUGCGUAUCCUGUUGUACACCCCAUGAAUUACGACGCGAUCACCCCUGAAGACAUCCGUGACCUCUUCGGUAGCAUCACCUACCAGAAAGAUACAUGA